CGACGGGCAGGCGCGCUGCUCGGGGCCCAUCGGCGGAACACCCGUGUCGCUCUCCAAGGCGUCGCCAUGUCCUCGGUGUUCGGAAAACCCCGCGCGGGCAGCGGGCCGCAGAGCGUACCUCUCGAAGUCAACCUGGCCAUCCUGGGGCGCCGCGGGGUUGGCAAGUCUGCUCUGACUGUGAAGUUUCUGACCAAGAGGUUUAUCAGCGAAUAUGACCCCAACUUGGAGGACACCUACAGCUCUGAAGAGACCGUGGACCACCAGCCUGUUCACCUGAGGGUCAUGGACACUGCAGACCUGGACAUCCCUAGGAACUCUGAGCGCUACCUGAACUGGGCCCACACCUUCCUGGUGGUGUACAGCGUCGACAGCCGCCAGAGCUUCGAGAGCAGCAGCGGCUACCUGGAGCUGCUUGCUCUGCAUGCGAAGGAGACACAGCGCAGCUACCCUGCCCUGCUGCUGGGCAACAAGCUGGACAUGGCCCAGUACAGGCAAGUCACCAAAGCAGAGGGUGCGGCUUUGGCAGGCAGAUUCGGGUGCCUGUUUUUCGAGGUCUCUGCCUGCUUGGACUUUGAGCACGUGCAGCACGUCUUCCACGAGGCAGUGCGAGAGGCGCGACGGGAGCUGGAGAAGAGCCCCCUGGCCCGACCCCUUUUCAUUUCUGAGGAGAGAGCCAUGUCCCACCAGGCCCCACUCACCGCCCGGCAUGGGCUGGCCAGCUGCACCUUCAACACACUUUCCACUGUCAGCCUGAAGGAGAUGCCCCCCGUAGCCCAGGCUAAGCUGGUCACUGUGAAGUCAUCCCGGGCCCAGAGCAAGCGCAAGGCACCCACCUUGACCUUAUUGAAGGGCUUCAAGAUCUUCUGAGGGCCCCUCUUCAGGAAUCUCAGGCUCAACAGCUGGGCAGGGCUGUAGAACAGGGGCUAGGUUGUCACCACCUGCCUUUCCCUCUGAUG